AUGGAAUCAGUGUAAGUGGACUUCCGCUCUCCAGUCCUUUCCGGCAGGUUGUCAAACCACGAGUAGAGACUAAACCUAUUAAUCCACAAGAAAGCAGCAAAGUUGGUGAUUUCAGUCAUGUGAAGACACUGGAAGCCAUUUUGAAUUUUAAGUACUCCGGUGGACCAGGACAUGUUGAAGGAUACUACAGGAACCUUUCGCUGGGCCUUCAUGUAGAAGUAGAGCCAUCCGUUUUCUUUACCCGUGUGAGCACCCUUCCAGCAACAAGUACCCGGCAAUGCCAUCUACUUCUUGAUGUCUUCAAUUCUACAGAACAUGAGUUGACCAUCAGUGCUAGGAAUAAUGAAGAUUUAAUUUUGCAUGCUGGGGAAUGUCAGCGUAUGGCUAUCCAAGUUGACAAGUUCAAUUUUGAGAGCUUCCCAGAAUCCCCUACCGAUGGGACACAGUUUGCGAAUGCAAAGCAGCUGGAAGAAGAAAGGCAACAAGCAAAAGGUCUGGAGAUUAACAGCAAGCUGGAUAUUUGCUGGAAAAUUCCUUCCUUGAAGCGUGAAGGGGAAGCAAGUGUGGAAGGUGUUCUUAAUCAACUGGUCCUGGAGCAUCUACAGUUGGCUCCUCUCCAGUGGGGACCCAAGGAUUUGGUGGCACUUGCUUGUAUGACUGGCUUUGGCUAUGAUUGCCCUGGUCCUCCUCAAGUGGUAAAACGAGUGGUUUGUGUCCGUUGUGUGCCGGGGGCUCAGACAGGUCACUUGAGAGUCAUCUUAAUCCUGCAGAGUGCCAUUGACCUUCAACAC